GACCUUAAUCAGCAAUGCCAACCAAGCUGAUUUAAGUUUAAAUGCCAUUGUAAACAGUGCCUCCAAAUGUUCAAAAUUUGAAGCCUUAUUAAUGUGUCUUCACUAUGCAAUUAGGCAUGAUUUGACCAACAAUGCUAUUGUGGACCUGAUUGAACUUGUUAAUCAAAUUAACGGAGCUGAGAUUUUCCCUCCCAGUAUGUUUCUGUUAAGAAAACUUUUUUCUUUAAAUUUGGCAUAUAGAUUUCAUUUCUAUUGCAAAAAUUGCUUAACAUAUAUUGGAGAAGUAUCUCUCAAUGACAAUACCCAAAGAAUUUGUGAUGUGUGCUCCGAAAUUUUUACUACAAAAUCAUUAAAUGAUGGUAACUUUUUUUUGACUAUACCAGUGGCCCCUCAAUUGAAACAGCUCCUUGAUUCUAGAAAUCAAGAAGAAAAGUUGCCUAAAUUCCAAGAAUCUAAAGAUGGAGUCUUAUCUGAUUUAAAUGAUGGAUCUGGAUUUAAAAAAUUUGUUGAAAAUGGGAUUUACCGAGAUGGCGAUCUAUCAGUAACUUUUAGUACUGAUGGAUCGGCAGUUUACAAAUCGUGUAAAAACACCUUGUGGCCCAUUCAAUUUCAUUUAAAUGAGUUACCUUUAAAUGAAAGGUUUGAUGGGUGUAACACCAUGCUCGCCGGUCUCUGGUUCGGCAGAAAAGAGCCAAUUAUGUCCACAUAUUUCACACCUUUCAUUAAAGAAGCCAUUGUUCUGUUUGAGGAAGGAGUUUCAAUUGCUGGCAUCACAAGAAGAGUGAUUUUCACUUCUUGUGUUGCGGAUUCCGUGGCCAAAGCUGCAUUACAAAAUAUCAAACAAUUCAAUGGCAAAUAUGGUUGUCCAUAUUGUUAUCAUCCUGGAGAUAUUGUUGAAAGCAAUCAACUGAAAUAUACCUUUGGCACCUUUUAUGAACGAAGAAAUUCAAACCAAAUGAAGAAAGAUAUGAUUGCAGCUGAGCAAUCGGGAGAAAUUGUUAAAGGUGUCAAAGGUCUUACACCCUUUGCUUCUCUGCCAUAUUUUGAUUUGGUAUAUGGAUUUCCGAUCGAUUAUAUGCAUUGUUGUUUGCUGGGUGUUGCCAAGUUAAUGGCCAACAUUUGGACCUCUUCAACGAAUCACGGCAAUGAUUAUUAUUUAUCAAACGAUAAAUUAAAAAAAGUUGAUGAUAAUAUAGUGGCAAUCACUCCUUCGCAAAUCAUUUCACGGAGACCACGAUUAUUCAGCGAUUUUGUUCACUGGAAGGCGAACGAAUGGCGAGCAUGGAUGUUAUUCUUUUGUGUCCCAUGUUUAGACAACAUUUUGCCAGCAAAAUAUGUCCAGAAUCUAUCCGUAUUUUCUUCAGCACUUUUUAUCCUGUUACAAGCGGAAGUUAAAAAAUCAGAUGUUGAACUUGCCAACCAGAUGUUACACCAGUUUGUUAAAGACUUUCAAAAACUGUAUGGUGUUUUACAUAUGAACUUUAACGUGCAUCUUCUUUUGCAUUUGGCCAAAUGUGUCAAUGUGUGGGGUCCAUUGUGGCUCUAUUCUGCCUUUCCUUUUGAAACUGGCAACGGCUACCUGGUGAAGCUUAUUAAAGGUACCAAAGGGGUCGCAAAGGAGAUAGCACAAAAGUAUUGCUUAUUUUCUUCGAUACCUCUGUGCAUUCGAAAUUACAAUGUUUCAGAUGAAGCUAUUGAAUAUUGCGACAAAAUUUUUACCUUUCGAAGGAAUAAGAGAGCUGUGAAGGUUGGGAAUAUAACAUCACUAUCACAGUGGAGAGCAUUUCAACCAAAUGAGGAAGUCACAAAUGCCCUAUUUAAAGUGAACAUUCAUCCGUCUAACAUACUGCACUCUAAAAAAAUAAUUAAAGACUCCAUGAUGUUUGAAAUUAAGCCUGAGAAAUUAAAAAAAUGUAAUGAUUCUAUCGUAAAAUUAAAUGAUAAUUCAUAUUGUGAAGUUAGAAAUUUUUUAUUGAUAAAUAACGAUGUGUUUGCAGUUGUUUGUGAAUUAAAAACGGAGGGUUCUUUUUUUGAUGGAAAUUUGAAACAUAUGCUACCUCAAAUUAAAAUUUGUCAACCUUAUUUUUAUGGUGAAAUUAAAGUAAUUCACAGUUCUAAAUUAAAAUGUAAAAGCUUGUUAAUCACUGUUGGUACGGAAUCAUAUAUUGCUGAUUUCCCAAAUUUCUUUGAAAAAGAUUAAUUGUUAAAUUUACCUUUUAUAUUAUAGUUUUAAAUGCACUUCUUUUGUAUCAACAUGUUUCAACCUUGAAUUCUAUAACAUAUUUCUUGAAAACUUUAAUUGCAUAUUUUUAUUUUACAUUUAACAUUACAUUUUUACAUUUAAAAUUUCUUCUUUGCCUUAAAUAAUCUUCCUUAGAAAGAAUUAUCAUUUUGGAUGAUUAUGAUGUAUGUAUAUAUAUUUUGAAUUACUACUUUGUAAAUAUCUUUGUUAAAUGUUUUUUAAGAAGAAAGUGAGAUUCGUUUGGUGUAAUUUGUUUUUGACGGAGCAUUUAAAAUUUUUUCUUUGCCUUAUAUAAUUUUCCUAAGAAAGAAUUAUCAUUUUGGAUGAUUAUGAUGUAUGUAUAUAUAUUUUGAAUUAUUACUUUGUAAAUAUCUAUGUUAAAUGUUUUUUAAGAAGACUGUCAGAUUUGUUUGAUGUUAUUUGUUUUUGACGGAACAUUUUAAAUAUUUUUUGUACAUUAUAUAGUGUUCAGUUAUAACAGUUUUUAGUUAUAUUAACAGUUAUUUCUACAAAACCAUUGGAGGUGCAUGGAUUUGAAUCUACAACGAAUGUUUCCUAUAUGGGACUAAAAGUUUAAACUAUGGAGCAUUUGGAAUCAGUCUUCAGUUAAUAUUGAACAUUUGAAAGUUCCAUUGAAUAAGCGUCACAUCCAUCUGCUCUAACUGAUGUUUCACGGCUUGCAUUCCAGAAAAGAAUGAAACUGGCUCACCCUUACAAUAAGUUAAUUCCCCCUCCUUUGGUAUCCUUAGCUUGACGUUGCUGGAGGGGCUUGCGUGCUCUGACAACCCUGGGAGCUAUGCCGGCGGUAGUUUAACUACCGGUAGGGUCUCCCUAGCCGGACAGGUCCUCGUAGGGUAGGAGCCAGACUAAAUGGGAUACCACCAAGAGCUAAGUCUGUCGUUUACCUAUUCUUUUAGGUGCUCUGAUCCUUGGAACUAACAGAAAACAAUUGGAAUCACCACUUCCUACCAUAGAGAAAUGUCUAAACAUGAUUUGACUGUUUUGAAGAACUUUCAUGACUGAUUUAAAUUAGUUGAUAAUUGUAGGGUCAUGUCAUUACCUUGGAAAGCUGUGGUCUCAACAUUACCAACAAACAAAACUACUGCUGAGAACAGAUUUCAAUCACUAAAAAAAGACUGACAUCAAAUGAAUCUUUGAAGACGCAGUAUGAAAAAUGCAUGUUGGAUUACAUUGAACAAGGACAUAUUGAAGUCUGCCCAUCUGCGAAUGAAAUUGAAAACACCAUGUACUAGCUGCCACAUCAUGCAGUGAACAAAAAACAUCAACAGCAAGAUAAUAUAAAGUGGCAAAUCCUCUUGGAUGCCUCGUCACAUGCUCCAGGCAUUCCCUCAUUAAACG